CUGCAAUCUGCAAGACACCGAAGAAGCCGCCGGCCCUAACCUCCCUCUCCACUCUCCACCACCACCAUGACGGCGGCUCCUCUGUUAUCGUUGACGGACGCGGCGACGGUGGCCGCGGCGCUAGCCCCCAGCCGAGCGCCCACCAGAGCCCGCACCCAAGCCGCCGCUCGCUUCCCCACCGCCGUCUCGCUGCGAUGCCGCCGCGCUCGGCCCCUGACCGCGGCGGCCGCCACGGGGGGCUCGCCGUCGUCCGCCGCGUUCCACGGCGAGUGCUACGUCGUGGGGGACAACAUCGACACCGACCAGAUCAUCCCGGCCGAGCACCUGACCCUGGUGCCGUCCAAGCCCGACGAGUACCGCAAGCUCGGCUCUUUCGCCUUCGUCGGCCUCCCGACCGCCGCCUACCCCAUCCCGUUCGUGGUCCCCGGCGAGGAGUCGUCCCGCUACGCCGUCAUCAUCGGCGGGGCCAACUUCGGGUGCGGCUCCUCCCGCGAGCACGCUCCCGUCGCGCUCGGAGCCGCCGGCGCGCGCGCCGUCGUGGCCGAGGGCUACGCCCGCAUCUUCUUCCGCAACUCCGUCGCCACCGGGGAGGUGUACCCUCUGGAGCUCGCUGACAGCGGUGCCAGCAAGGAGUGCAAGACCGGAGAUGUGGUCACGGUGGACCUCGAUAGCUCCGUCUUGAUUAACCACACCUCCGGCAAGCAGUACAAGCUCAAGCCUAUUGGUGAUGCAGGGCCGGUUAUUGAAGCUGGUGGGAUCUUCGCUUAUGCCCGCAAGACUGGGAUGAUUGCAUCGAAAUCUGCCUGAAUGAAAAGUAAGCUUUAUCUACUGUCAGAUUAGAUGAGAGGCCUCUGCAGGUGGCAAGACUGGUUUAUGAGUAAGAAUUGGUGCGCCUCUAUGUGCGGUUGUCCAGCAGUUGCACUGCUCUUUUUUCAUAGGCUUGUACCAGCCAUUGUGUGCAAAAACUAGGUCCCAGAGUACUGAACUUUGUUGUAUUGAAUGAGAUUUUACACCCAUGUAAUAGUUUUCUUUGUUCCUGCUACCCUCUGGAUGAGUAUGAAUAAAAUCUUUGAUGUCAA